UGGGUGGUCAAAGAUGUGAAUAAUGGAACUGUUUGGAGGAGAGGAUAGAAAGAUGAGGUCUAUAUAAUUCUCCAGGAAAACAACAUUCUCCAUGAUAAUAUUGAUUGCAGUUUCUUUAAUGGUUGCCCGGCAGCUCUUGACUUAUAUACGUUUCAAAGGUUUUGGUUGGCAAAGUGAAGAUUAACUCCAUCUAUGGCGACAAAUGACAUCCCACCACGCUACGAUCCUAAACACACUGAAUCCAUUAGUGACUCAUCUCAUAAACUGCUAGAUGAUCCAGAAACAAGUGUUGAGGAGGAACUGCUUGAUGAUGCUAAUACAAUUGACACAUUGAUUAAGCACAGCCACGAGUUACCUAGAAGACCGAUAUUGCCUCAGAGAGCUCCCGGUGUGCCUAAGUUUGGCAGUUGGGAUGCACAUGAUUCUUCUUCCUGGGACGGUCCUGAUGGGAUUUUUGAAAAAGUUACUGAGGAGUCUAGUGGAAAGGCGACAUCAGGAGGGGGCGAUUCUGAGUCACCUGGACAUCAAACUACAAUUAGUGGGAACGGUAGCAAUGAAUCUAUGCACGGUGGACAGGAUGCGUCAGACCGUUCUCAUGAAUUUACCACCGGGAAUAACAUUUAUUUUGACAAUCUGUGGAGGGAGGGCAGUGAAAAAGAUCGGUCUGAUCCUGAAAGUAUAAAGAAUCCAGGGAAUCCUGAAAGUGCAAAACAACCUGGCUCUAUUGAUAAUAAGAGGCAUCGUUGGUAUCAAUGGUGGCGUAGCAAAAGAUAAAUUGUUUGCACAGAGUGAACAAUGAAAUUUGAAACCUGUAUCUCGCUGUAUACUGUAUUAUAUAUUUUUUAUAAUUUUUUGAUUAGUUCCACCCUAUAAUCCAAAACUGGGAUGGUCAAUACAAUUGAACUCAUAUUAACGAAAAAUAACUGAUAAACGAAAUCACAUUUAUUGUAUCAAGUAGCUAGUACA